AUGAAAUUCCUCCUUGUGUUCCUUGCCCUUUCGUUGGCUUACGCAGAAGAACCUGUAAUCGAAACUCCAGACGAACGACAGGUCUCUAUCUUGAAUAUGACAAAAGACCUUUCGGAGGACGAUUUGGUCACGGACACAAACAUCACAAUUACUGUCUCUGUGACAAACCCGGGUCCCGACAAUAUCACUAAUGUUGUUAUUUACGACGAGCUCCCAGCCUUCUUCAAAUUGUUCGAAGGAGAGAAUAACACUGCUGUCUUCGACCUUGUCCCAGUCAACGCAACUGUCAAUUUGACUUACGUCGUCCAACCAAUUUUGUCUGGUAUUCACUUCGUCGAUUCAGCGUCAGUCAACUUCACUAUGAACGGCACAAGAAGACAUGAAGAGUCAUAUGCUAUGGGAGAGUACUAUAUCACCCAAUAUAAAGGCUUCUUUGCCAUUCUCAUGGAAUGGGCUGUUAUCGUAUUCGUCGGCUGUGUUAUCGCACUUGUGUGGAUUACUUAUCAAAACAGAAGCACAGAAAAGCAGAACAAAAUUUUGAGAUCAAAGGGAUUCUUCACACCAAAAGCUCAACCAACUGAAGCAGAGGAAAACGGCAAAGUCAAAAAGAGUGAAAGCCCAAAGGCGGGAAAGAAAGAGGAAAAACCAGUCGAACAAAAGACUGAAGCACCAAAAGAAGGAGAGAAACCAAAACAAGACUAA